GCGCGGCUGCGCCCGCAGUCCUGCCUCUGCCUGAGGGGGCGAGGGACCCUGUGGCCCAGCCAUGGAGCUGCCGGAUCCGGUUCGCCAGCGGCUGGGAAACUUCAGCCGGACCGUGUUCAGCGACUCCACCCGGACCGGGCCGGAAUACAAUGAAGGUCCCGAUAACGAGAUGGUCUCCAGUUUGGCACUGCAGAUGUCACUUUAUUUUAACACUUACUUUUUCCCCCUUUGGUGGGUAAGCUGCAUUAUGAUGCUUCAACUGAAGUAUUCUAUCUUGCCUGAUUACUACAAAUUCAUUGUGAUCACUGUUAUCGUCCUGAUAACCUUAAUUGAAGCCAUUCGUUUAUAUCUGGGCUACAUGGGUAACCUACAGGAAAAGGUUCCUGAGCUGGCUGGCUUUUGGCUUUUGAGCCUUCUGCUGCAGUUGCCUUUAAUUCUUUUCUUGCUUUUUAAUGAAGGCCUAACAAAUCUGCCCUUGGAAAAAGCAAUACAUAUCAUCUUCACCAUCUUCCUUACUUUCCAAGUUGUUUCAGCAUUUCUUACCUUGAGGAAAAUGGUCAAUCAGUUGGCCACUCGUUUCCACCUCCAAGACUUUGACCGGCUCUCUGCAAACAGAGGAGACAUGAGAAGGGUGAGGUCAUGUAUAGAAGAGAUUUGACCCAGUGCUGCUGAAUGAAGACUGCGAGAGUUGGGAAAGCAUCAGAGACCUAGCGUGAGGAAAGGGACGAGGCAAGUGUGUUUACUCUCAAGCUCUGAAUCCCAAGGACGGGGCCAGUGAUAAGGCUGAGCCAUGCAGGAAAGCAGCAUGAACACUGAAACUUAGAUGCUGUCCACCUAGUGCCAAAUUUCUUGGUUGUUUGAUGAUGUUGGUCUUUUUGAGUGUGAAAAAAUCUGCGUGGUGGUUUUAAGUUUACCAGUUUUACUGUAACAUCUCCAUUUCAGAUCUGUAACCAGAAAUGUAUACCUUUCUUUUAAAUUUGUCAGUUAUCCAUAUCUUGACUAUAUAUCAGACCAUUUUUCUUGAAGCGCAUGGAAAUGCUGGUCAAUAUUAUUGUGCACCAGACCAUAUUUAUAAACCAAAAAACCAAAUUUUUGUACUUGCUGUGGUUAACUUCUAACCCUAGUCUUAGAUGGUAUACUGAUGUAAAGAAGAAAACAGAUUAUCAUGGUAUUAAGGAAAUAUUUUUGUCAUAGAAUUAUAACUUUCAUAAAACCAUGUUCAGUAUUUGUGUGGCGGUAUGCAAAAUGUUUUCAUAAUAAAUUAUCAAAUAUUUAUAGUAAGCUAUCAGCAACAAAUAAUUCCUGUUUUGUAUAGAUCUUUUGGACUAUGGGUUUAUUAUUUCACACUACAGAAAUGCAGGAGAAGGAAGGGGAAAGAUUCCAGAGAACCUUCUUUGUAAUGAGCACUCUAAUAGGCACAUUAAAUUAACUUUUGGUUUCUCAUGUACUGAUCAUAUUCACUGAAGAACUACUUCAUAUCCAUUAAAUUAACAUGAAGUUUUAUUUGAAAACCAGUCUGUUUAUAUAUAUAGCAAGAGCUACGAUGGCCAAAGGAACUACAUGCUUCAUUUUUUUUUUUAAGAUUUAUUUAUUUAUUUGAAAGGCAAAGUGAAGGAGGGAGAGAGAGAGAGAGAGAUAUUGAUCUUCCAUCCACUGGAUGCCUCCUCAAAUGGUUUCAAUAGCUAGGGCUGGGGCAGACAAAAAUUAGGAGCCAGGAAUUCCAUCUGGGUCUCCCACAUGGGUAACAAGGGCCUAAGCACAUGGGCCAUCAUCCACUGCCUUCCCAAGUGCGUUAGCAGGAAGCUAGAUCAGAAGCAGAACAGUGAGGACUCAUACUGGCACUCAUACAGGAUGCAGGAGUUACAAUUGUCAGUUUAACCUGCUAUGCCACAACAAUAUCUCCAGCAUAUGAUGAUCCAUUUAGGGCAUGUUCUCUUGUUGAUGAGAGAAACCUAGCUAAGGAAAUUUGGUUAAGAACAAAGUAUUUGGGUAUAUCUGACAUUAUUUUGAAGUGAUUUGGCCCAUCCUAAAGGGAUAUAAUGACAGCUUUUCUUCUUUCUUAUAGGGAAACCUACCUUUAUAAGUAAUGUAUUUUACUGAGCUGUUAAAAAUUGUUCUCUCCAGUUUUCUUUUUCUGCAAUUCAUGUUCAUCUUAGGAUUUCCAUGUUUUGCUUUAUUCAUUUCAUGUUAAAAUUUUUAAAACUU